CGUGGGCAUUUAUGUACGUGGGUCCAGAUUUAAAUUCCCAACUCUCGGAUUUCUGUAUUGGAUGAUUUUAUAAUUGUAACCAACUGCUUGAGUUCUUGCAUCUGAUUUCUGGGGUUUUUUUUUUUUAAUUGCGAUUUUCUGUUAUUGGGAGUGUGUGAAUCACUGAAUUGGGGAUUGGAUAAAACGGGGUUCUGCUCUCGGUUAUUGAUCAUCUGGGACUGUCGUUCUUGAUUUACCGUACCGAUUAACACGCACAAAAAAUUCUUCGAUGGAUGAAGGAUUAAUUUGAGAGAGAGAAAAGAAGAGAUGAAAUUGACUUUUGAGGGUUUGGAGGUACAAUGACUGAGCGGUCAUUGGGUUUAAGACUUUCGGGUAGUUUCGGAUCUUUGCAGCAACUGGCACAGAAUGGAGGAGGGUCUUCGAAUCCUUAUUUACCUCGUAGGUCCUCGAAGACUUCCCUUAUUGUUUCUAGAGAGAAGGAAAGAUUUUUCUCCUCCACUUUUAGAUACUUGAGCAGAAAGAAAGUCGGAAUGCUGAUUUUGGCUGUGUUUGCUCUCUUGGCUUUCCUCACGGGCUUCUUCACAGUCAACAAAGAGGAUUAUUUGGAUAGUGCUGGUUUGCCGUUUGAUUCGAGAUACCUGAACAAGUCAUACAUUAUACCUUCUCUGGCUGAAAAAGAGGCAUUACAAUCUAAUAAUAAUUCCAAGAUCGACAAACUUCUAGUAUGUAAUGACAUUACCGGUUAUGGUGAUUUGUCGAACGCCUCUUCUAUGGGUGACUCUGUUAGCGCAGUCACUGUGUUGACCAAUCCAUGCAAAGAUUUUGCUUUUCCGCCCCCUCCUCCAGGUGAUAUGAGGCGAAUUGGCCCCCGACCAUGUCCAGUUUGCUAUGUUCCGGUUGAGGAGGCAGUUGCUAGUAUGCCUAAAUUUCCCUCACACUCUCCUAUUCUUAAACGUCUAACUUAUUUCUCCGAGGAAAAUCCGAUGAAAACCGAUCCAAUCGGAGGAUCUGAUUUUGGUGGUUAUCCUAAUCUGAAACUGAGGAAUGAUUCGUUUGAUAUUCAAGAAUCAAUGACUGUUCACUGUGGAUUUGUCAAAGGAUGUAGGCCCGGUUAUCGAACUGGAUUCGACAUUGAUGUGGCUGAUCUUGAGGUGUUGAAGCAGUUUCACGAGGUCAUUGUUGCCUCUGCUAUUUUUGGAAAUUAUGAUUUAAUUCAGCAGCCGGAAAAUGUUGGUGAAACGUCUAGAAGGAAAGUUCCGUUUUUCAUGUUUGUCGAUGAAGAGACUGAAAAUUAUAUGAAGAAUAUGAGUCUUUUGGGCAGUGAUAAGCAGGUUGGAUUAUGGAGGAUUAUAGUGGUGCACAACGUUCCUUACACCGAUUCAAGAAGAAAUGGAAAGGUGCCGAAGCUAUUGUUGCAUAGGCUAUUCCCAAACACCCGAUACUCUAUUUGGAUUGAUGGAAAGCUUCAGCUCGUUGUGGACCCUUACCAAAUUCUCGAGAGGUUCUUGUGGCGCCAAAAUGCUACCCUAGCAAUAUCGAGACAUUAUAGACGUUUUGACGUAUUCGAAGAAGCCGAGGCGAAUAAAGCUGGAGGGAAAUACGAUAAUAUUUCUAUCGACUAUCAGAUUGAAUUUUAUAAAGAGGAGGGUUUAACACCGUACACUUCUGCUAAGCUACCUAUAACUAGUGAUGUUCCAGAAGGGUGUGUAAUAAUAAGAGAGCAUAUUCCGAUUACGAAUCUUUUUAGCUGUUUAUGGUUCAACGAAGUCGAUAGAUUUACUUCGAGGGAUCAAUUGAGUUUCUCGACUGUGAGGGAUAAAGUGUUGGCACAAGUUGAUUGGAGCGUUAAUAUGUUUCUUGAUUGCGAAAGGCGCAAUUUCGUAAUACAGGCAUAUCAUAGAGAUUUGUUGGAGCAAAGAGCACACUUGGAACAUGUAAGAAGAGCACAAGCUCCGCCAGCUGUUAUUGCAUAUCACGAAAAAAUUCCUCCGAAAAAGAUUAUUGUUCGGCGUGGGAAAGACAAGAGACCCGGUUCGAGGAGGCGUCGAAGAGUUAAUCCCAAGAAUCGGGAAAAUUCGUUUAUUUGAUUUUUUUGGCACUUUAUUUUUGUGGGGGAAAAAGGAAAAUGAAUUGUAUAGUGUUCUUUGUGUUAUUCUGCAGAAAUAGGACAAUUGUUUUUUAUUUUUAUUUUAUUUUAUUUUCUUUAAUUUUUUUUUUAAUUAUAGAGUUAUUGAGGUUUCUCAUUAAUACUUAUUAUUAGCACGGCGAUAAGAGAAGAAUUUGGUUGAGUUAUUUUGUCCCACAUUGUAAAACUUGUGAAUUCUUGAUAAUGUUGUAAGUCCCAAUAAUUUAGAUUCACAUUUUAAUUUUAUUUAUGCUAAUGUUCAUUUUCACUU